AACAUUGAUUUGCUUGAACAGGUCGGCUAUUUCACAGGACAGAUCCUCUAGAGUCAAAGGUCAGAGUCACGCAAAUUAUAGCUAUGUAUCGUAUUAGCUGGAGUGAAUUGGUUGGAAAGAUAGUCGGGUACCAUUUUAUUGAUCGUUUUGUAGAUAAGAAUUGCUGAGAGCGUCUAGAUUGUCUCAGUUUAAGGUGUGCAAGUUCGCAGAAAAACGAACAUUAUAAUCAGUUCUGGUAAUAAUUCGUAAUUUUUGGUUAUAAUUGAAUUCUGCGCAGACUUUGCUAUUUACAGCGGUCUUGCCCCAACAUGAAUUGAAAUUUGAAACUCUAUCACGUGAAAGAUUUUUGGGAUUUUUCUCCACAGAAAGUCGAGCUCCGAGUGGCGAGCGCAAGUGUAUUUGAAAAGAUUCGAAGUGGCUAUUCUUACUGACGAAAUUUACACAAAUAAAAAGCUGGUAGGUACGACUUUAAUUAAAACGAAUUGAAAACAGACGUCCAAUUUCGAGGAACUGAAAUAGUGUGUCCUGGCAUUUCCGCGUUUAUAACCCCUGCCAACAGCCUGGCAAACGGCUUAUAGACAGAAGCAUUGUUUUCGGAUUGUGUUUGGAGGAGAAUAAAUGAGUUGAAUUGCUCAAUUUCUACCAUGUGACCAUUUAUCAAAUGUUUACUACUUUCCUGAAACCGCAAAGUUAACUACUAACUAGGCCUGUUAUGAAUGUUACUGUUUUGCCGAAUAGCGCGCAGACUGUGAUAUCGCACGCGUAUAUAACAAUGGAACCAAUACCAGCUGACAAUUUCAAAAAAUCUAUAGUACAGGACAUAAUCCGAAGAUUAGUAUCUUGAAACCCAAAAUAUGAGUUAAACAAGAAAAUAAGUGAGUAAUAUUUCGAUUUCAUUACAAAAUCAUCAUCAGACUAGUUAGUCUGAUGAUGAUUAAAAUCGAAAUAAUUACUCACUCACUUUCUUGUUUGACUCAUAUUUUGGCCGGGUUUCAAGAUGCUAAUCUUCGAAUUAUGUUUUGUACUAUAUAUAACAAUGGCACUGUAUUUUAUCCUCGUAAAUAUAUCACUUUCAAUUCUUUGAUUGCUUAAUGAUAUGUAAUAUUUGGGGUAAAAAUAAUGUGAGUAUACAUAUAUGUCCGGUAAUUUCCGGUACUUGUUUACUUAUGAAGGUGACAUCGCUUCCCUCUUGACAAAUAAAGUUUUAAUUAAGCCCUUCGAGUUAAAGCAAGGAAGUCAGAGGCGGGCCCCCUGUGGUUAAGCCCUUUUCGAGUUAAGCCCCUGCCACGCCCUGUUUCGCCUCGAAGGGCCAAAGUUAAGAGGGCAUGAGAGUUGGCAGUCACGUGAGCAUGGCUAGCUUUUCUUAAUGCUUCCCAACACUAUCAUGUAGAGCUUGAAAUAUCCCCAGCAACAAUGCGCAACUGUCAUUUAUAUUUAAUUUCAAAAACUAAUUGAAAAUUACUUGCCAAUGAACUUACUAGAUCGAUCGUUUCUGAAGCAAUUUAAAACAUUCUAAUAAAAUACAGUACAAUGAAGACUCGGAAGAAAUUCAUAUUUUUAAUUCAAAGUUCGACUACUGUUGAGUCAUAUAUACUAAAACUGUCUGUACCAGUGUAGGUAGUACCAAUGUGAAAAUGCUGUGCUGAGUGGUUAUAUUACUACCUUAAAAAAUAAGCAGAAACUCGACGUUUCGAGCGAAGGCCCUUUGUCUCUAACUCUUGACGAAGGGCCUUCGCUCGAAACGUCGAGUUUCUGCUUAUUUUUUAAGGUAGUAAUAUAACGCACAGCAUUUUUACCGUUGAGUCAUCAUUAGGAAUUAUAAUAAUAAUAAUAAUUUAUGAUAAUUCCUGAUGACGACUCAAGAGUAGUCGAAACGUCGGAGUUUCCAUUGUAUUAUAAGAGAUAAGAGAGAUAAUUCAUUCGCAGUGCGUGUUUUAUCAGACCUAAUCAGUAAAGAUACUCGGCUUCGUCUCGUAAAAUUAUUAUGAACUGAAAAAAAUUCUCAUUAUUUAUAUAGCACCAUGUAAAACACUUUACUUAAAACCAACUACAAGUGAGUACCUAUAGGCCGAUUUACACUACACAAUUUUUACCUAAAACUGUCGCAUGCAACCUGCUUACAACUUGGGUUGCACUGUGUAAAUCAAGCACACAACUCACCUACGACAACAUAAGUGAGAUGUGUGCUCGAUUUACACAGCACAACUGAAGUAGUAUAUGCAAAAGUUGUGAUGUAUAAGCCAAUUUACGCUACACAACUAUUUCCAUAACUGUCGCAUGCAACAUGCUUACAACCCGACUUUUACCAUGUAAAUAGUCAAGCACACAACUCAUCUACAACGUGGGAAAGUGGUGCGCUUGCUUUAUACAAUACAACAGAACACGAGUUGUGAGCAGGUUGCACGCGACAGUUUUAGGCAAAAGUUGCCCAGUGUAAAUAGGCCUUAUAAGAAGCAUAUCAAGUUGUACAAUUCUAUAUUCUAGGAGUGAAGAAUGUCGUUAUCAAGACAAGCCAAAAAACAUCUAUCAAUGACCUUUGUAAAAUUGGAAGAACUAGUCACGUGUGGUUUGUGCGAUGAAUUGCUAAACAACCCCAAAGUAUUCCCGUGUCUUCAUUCGUAUUGUUAUGAAUGUAUCGUGAAACUUUCUCAGCUUCAAUGUCGCUUGGUGUGCCCAGAAUGCCAUGUUCCAGUGAAGGUGAGAUCAUUGCAUGGGCCAAGUUUAUUUAUACAGGGCCAGAGCAAAAGGGGACGGGGCACAUACUUUUUUUGAGCUGCAUAGAAGCGAGGCACAAAGAUUUUUCCUGCUUUGCAAGGUGAUCAAAUAACUACAAGUGAGAGGCCAGGGCGCUGGGAUUCUCUUUAGGAGAAGUUCAGACCCGCAAGGGUCGCAGUGUCAGACAUCUCGCACAUUUCAGCGAUUUCCUCUAGCUGAACAUGGUAAGCAACUCUACGGUAAGCCCUGCACUGCACAAGCUUUCUUUACUGACAGCAUGGAUAAUAAAAUAAAUGGAUAGGAUUCUAGCUGACGUCACAGUCUAAACCUAGUUGCAAUCUGUGACGUCACACGUAUUGCAAAGUUCUCGGCAUUUUUGUUGUUUCGUUAUACUUUUCGCUUUAAAAGAGUAAAUACUGAAGCAUAAACUGAUCUAAUUGUUUUAAAAACAUGCCUAAGCCACGACAAAGUAUUCAAGGUAAAUGUUUUUCGUCUUUGUUUUGCACUUUUUUACAUUUGUAGUUACCAAAUUGGCGUCCCCAAUUUUAACGAAAUUUGGGAUGCAGUUUUCACUGUUUAGUGCUUGAAAUAUUUGUUAAAAUUGACUGGGAAUACUUAGAGAUUUCAUCGUAGAAUGGCGUAGUUAUAUUCAUUUGCUCGUUAACUAAAAUGUUUAGCUGUAUUAUUGCUAAACAUGCCGUUUUUGAGAAUUUGUUUUGCAACUAGGUUUCAACAUCCAAUCACGCCAUCAGCCCAUUGAAAACAUUAGGUCACGUCAGCUAGUUUCCUAUCCAUUUAUUUUAUUAUCCAUGCUGACAGUACUGCGGGCAGUAGCAAAGUUCUGAGUGGGGCAGGAGAUUUUAUCACACCAACCUAAGCGGGACUUGCUUUUUUCUAACAUUCAAAAUUGAUUUGCUCCGGCCCAUACUUGAUUUGCUCCGACACAGCUUACUGUAGCCACUACUUUAGCUGAUUGUCAAUUAAGCUAUAUUUGUGCUUACUGUACCAAUCUUAUCAUUAUAAGUCUGUAUAACAUUGAUUCAUUUUAAUAGAUUGGUAAUCCACCUGAUCUUUCCAUCCUGCCAACAAAUUUCUUCGCCAACAACGUUUUGGCGACACUGAGUUUGGGCGACAACGACGAUGCUCCAGCUUUGUUAUGCGACAACUGCGAAGAACCCGAGAAGCCUGUGGAAAAACGCUGCAAAAAUUGCCUGCAGUUCCUGUGCGGACCAUGCGCCGAAUAUCACCAAAUUUCAUGCGAUACGAAGAACCAUGUUCUACAGUCGAAAGACGAGUUAAAAUACAACGAACCGGCGAAGAACGCGAGGCCUCUGAAGCGCAGCAAACAUCAUGAACUCAUUAAAUUUUACUGCGACACGUGUCAGAAAACUAUUUGUAUGGCUUGCUCUGUGCUUGAGCAUAAACCACACAAGGUCGUUUCGCUGGAUGAUAGCGCCUCGAAUGCCAAAGAAGAAGUCGAAAACCUUUUGAAAAAAGUUAACGAAAGAGUGGAAACAAUCUCUGUAGGAAUCGGCGUAGCUGUAGCCAAAAGCCAAGAUAUAACUUCCAGAGAAGAGGCGUGCAAGUCCCAGAUUGAAACGUUUUUCGCACAGUUACAUGAGGAAAUCGAUGCCGAAAAGCAAAACAUGCUGGCAAUAACCGCAUCGACUACAGAACGCCAAAAAAGUGAAGUCGAAGAACCGAAGAAGGUGCUGGACCUCGCGCUCUCUACGUGCCAAAAUGGUGUGAAUUUUGCAAAGCGUACUCUUGAAAACGGAAACGACGUUCAACUUUUGAACAUAAAACCAACCAUCACACAAUAUCUGGUUAACUUAAAAAGCGUGGAAGAUGAAAUCACUCCCAAAGUAGGAAACCCGGUUCGAUUUUUAAAAAAAGAAUCCCCAAUUCAGUCUUGUAAAAAGUUAAUCAAAGAUAUAUGUUCUGUCGAAGAGGUAGCUGUCUGUCCUGCAAAGUGCGAAGCGAAGUUUCUAGAUCCAACGCUUAAAGUCGGGAAGAGAUCGGUGAUUGUUAUAACAUGCAAGGACAAGGAAGGUCGGAUUAUCAGCUCGGGUUGUGGGAAAGAUGAAAUUCAGGUGAUCCUCAAUGGUGUGCAGCUACAAGAUGCCAAAAUAUCGGAGAAGCAAGAUGGCACCCAUGAGAUUUCAUUUGUGGUAAAUGAGCUGGGGACGUUCCAGUUUGAACCAAAGAUCAAUGGUGUUGUGGCUCCAGGUUGUUCUCUUGAAGCAGAAGUGAAAUGGGAGCUAAGUGAUGUUCAUGGCAGUGGGUAUUUACGAAUGAAUGGACAGAUGCUCAACUGCAUGUCAGGAGAGGGUGAUGUGGGGACAUAUUGUUUUAGAUUGGGGAUACACUUAUGAUAUCAGGUAUUGUGAAAUAUUUAAAGGAAAGUUUAUACAUUCCAUCUAUUGAAAGGCUGGGAGGGGGAGUCCUCCCAGCUGCGAGAACUUGCCAUCCUGUGGCCGAUUGGUACGAAAAUUAACCAAUCAAAAUCGCGUCUAUUAGAGUAACUACUAUUUAACUAGGAACUCUCGAUUUCAGGAGCACAUCACUGGAAAGUCGAAGUCAGUCAUGCAGUACAAGACGCAGAAGAGUGUUUCCAAGGUCCAGAGGGCCCAACAUUUGAGGUUGGUGUCAUCAAAGCUUGCGAUGAUUAUACUGAAGCCAGUAUCGUGGACGAAAUUACGAAGAAAUGGGUUUACUCUGGACCAGCGAAAAAAAUUACCACUGUCUUUUUGAAUCUUGAUAUGGGGAAAAAAUCCUUGGUAGUUUCGCCUGGAAAGUCGAAGUUUAGUUUUCUACGGAAAGUGUUUCAUGUGAAUGCUGAUGUGGUGUUUCCAUUUUUCUCCGUGAAUUGCCCGAACUGCAGUCUUAUUGUACAUAUUCUAAAAUGAACUCAUGCGAUUGCGAUGCCUAAAAAGGUUUAUUUUUUGAAAGCUAAGCACUAUUUAGAAAAGCUUUCUACUCGCAAUCUCGUGUCUUCAUUAGAGUAUUAUAUAGUGGUGAUAAUCAGGGCGCAAAACUAUAAUGGACAGACUAGGAUUGUCGUACGUUGACGGGAAAAUUGUUGCAUGCGAAAUACAUGCAUGCACUGUAUCAUAUAAUGCAUUGCACAUAGUACACGAAACUCGAGCAGCUAAACAAUUUAAAAAGAUAAAUUUUGUCUGUAUUCCUGCGAGGUGGGACAGUGUUAGUGCAUGUUUUGUACGUGUACAUUACAACUGUGAGUGUGAUUCGACGUUGCUUGCUUAUUUCACCUCGACAGUCAUAUGUGAGAAGAGUGUACUGUGCUU